CCCCUCAGGCGGCGGCCAUGUUUUCGGGCCCAGUUGGGCCUCGACGGCCUCGCUGAGGAAAUGGCCGGGAGGGGACGGGGAAGACGGCAACCGACGCCGCCGCCUCCGUCUCCGGGGUAGAAGGAGAAGGGACCCGGGGGAAAUGGCGGCCACCAACAACGGAGGAGGAGGAGGAGGAGGAGGAGGAGGCGGUAGUGGCGGCAACUGGCUGUCGGGGGUGAACGUGGUGCUGGUGAUGGCCUACGGCAGCCUGGUGUUCGUGCUGCUGUUCAUCUUUGUGAAGAGGCAAAUUAUGCGCUUUGCGAUGAAGUCCCGACGGGGUCCCCAUGUCCCGGUGGGACACAACGCGCCCAAGGACUUGAAGGAGGAGAUAGAUAUUCGCCUGUCCAAGGUCCAAGACGUCAAAUACGAGCCGAGACUCCUCGCCGAGGAUGACGCCAGGCUGCUGCAGCUGGAGGCACAAGGAAACCAAUGUACCGUGGCAGACUGUUUCAACUACCUUUACCGGAUGAAAGCCCUGGAUGCCAUCCGGACCUCAGAGAUCCCGUUCCACCACGUGGACAGCCGGCACCCACGGUCCCUGGUGGGCACCAGUUUCCGCUCCUACUUGCUGGAACUGCGCACCUCCGCCACGCCCUUUAAGGGGGUCCGCAAGGCCCUGGUCGACACCCUCCUGGACGGCUACGAGACGGCGCGCUACGGCACCGGGGCGCUCAGUAAGUACGAUGGACUGACCCGCCUCCCCGUCGCUCCCUCAGGCUUUCGGCCGCAGCGAGUACCUGAGCUACCAGGAGGCCCUGCGGGAGCUGGCCGCCACCGUCAAGGCCCGGGGGUCCGGCUCCCAGCGGCAGCACCAGACGGCGGCCAAGGACCUGACUCAGUCGCCCGAGGCUCCCUCGCCCUCGUCGCCCUCCACCAUCCAGGUGACGUACCUCCCGCCCGCCCACAGGAGCAAGAGGGCCAAGCAUUUCCUGGAGCUGAAGAGCUUCAAGGACAGCUACAAUACACUGGAAAGCACCCUGUGACGAGACACCCCCCCGUACCCCCCCAAAAAACGCACCCACACCUACCCACUCCUCCCUUCCCGCCUCAUCCCCACCCGUCCCGGCCGCCCUUAACCCACCCACCUCCCUCAAGUUGGUUAUUCCCCGCACCCCUGAAUCGGGGAGGGGGUCAUUCCAGGCCGAGGGCCUGAAGGGGAAGGACACCCCCGUCUCUCCGGACAGACGGAUGCCGCGGCCUGACUUCGUAAACGGGUUAUUUAAAUAAAAGAAAGCUAUUGCGAAAUGAAAUCACUUCCCC